AUCAAUUAGACAGACAACGUAAUCGUCACCUGUGACCACUGCCCAAAACAAUUAGUGGCGAACCCAUCAGUUUUAGAGUCCGAAGAUGCUUCCGUACAACCCGAGGGUGGAGAAAUUGUUGAAAGCUUUUAAAUCAGAGCAAAUGGCGGCACUGAGAAGAUCAGGAACAGCUGAAGAAUACACAGAGAGAGACAGCCUUUUGACUGAGAUAUCUCAGAUGAAGGAUGAAUCGCACAUCAAAAAAGCCUCUGAGACAAAGGGUUCCGAUGACAAAGACAUCAUAAAACAGGGGGAGGCCAUAAGGAAACAUGCCAUGGAAGGCAUGGCAAAAAAAGAUGACUCUACCCCAUCGAAAAAGGUCAGGAGAACACAAUCCAUGUCUGAGUAUGUCGAGUACAAAAAAGCAGAAAUUGAGCUUAGAAAGGAAGAGUUAGAGGUCAGAAAGCAGGAACUGCAAAUGGAAAGAGAGGAGAAAGAGAGACUGUUUCGAUGAUGAAGACCAUGCUUGAGAGUAUGAAAAAGUAGUGUUAUCGUUGUCUACCUAUUGUUCAAAGGACACUUUUUCUUAACCACCCUGUAGGCAGAAUGACUGUUACCAAUUACAAUUACAAUUACAAUAACUUUAUUAACGUAUAACUACAGCAAGUUACCAGUCUAGCAGCUGUUGAAAAUUCAUAUGACUUUUUGGCUCACCGUAGGGGAGUCUAUACGAUACCGCAGUGUCCGUCGUCCGUCGUCGUCGUCGUCGUCCGUCGUAUCCUAGUUCAAAAACAGUGGCACGUUUUUUAACCGCUAGGCCUAUGAACUUAUAACUUUGUACACAUGACCCCCUAGGUCAGAUGACCCGUGACACUAAAUUUCUGUCCGAUCUGAUUCUCUACUUGGCCACCAGUGGGCCAAAUGUGGAUAUCUAAAAAGUGUGAUAUCUCGCUUAUUAGUGACUUGUUUUCGAUAAAACUUUUGUGGUAGGUACUCAUAGCAAGGAUACAUCAUAUAUCUUACGGGUUUUUAAUUUGAUCUACUUUUCAAGGUCGCAGAGGUCAAAUGGCGUGAAUUGGCCGUUUGAGUGUAACUAUGGCACGUUUCUCAACUACCAAAGCUAGCUUGAAACUUGGUACAUAUAACCCCCUAUAUCAGAUAACCUCUGGUGCUGAAUUUCAGCCUGAUCUAAUUCUUGACUUUGCCACCAGGGGGCCAAAACAGAAAAAGUAAGAAGUGCAAUAGCCUGCUUAUUAGCAAAUUGUUUUUGAUGAAAUUUUUAUGGCAGGGACCCCUAGCAAGGUUACCUCAGAUGUUGCACGAUUUUUCGGAUUUGACCUACUUUUUAAGGUCGCAGAGGUCAAAUGGCGUAAAUUUGCCGUUUGAGUGUAACUAUGGCACGUUUCUCAACCGCAACAGUUAUGAACUUGAAACUUUGAACGAAUGACCCCCUAGGUCAGUUGACCUUUUACACUGAAUUUUGGUUCGGUCUGGUUAUUGACUUGGCCACCAGGGGGCCCAAACUCAAAACUCAAAAAGUGUGAUUUCUCGCUUAUUACUGAUUUGUUUUUGAUAAAUGUUACAUGGUAGGUACUCCCAGCAAGGAUACAUCACAUAUCUUACGGGUUUUUGAUUUGACCCACCUUUCAAGUUCACAGAGGUCAAAGUUGAAAACUUUACCGUUCUUGGUACGUUUUGUCGUUGUUCAAUGUAAAGAGUUUUAAUUUUGUGUAAUGAUGCAUCUAAGAAGCCACUAUUUGUAUGCCAAGUUUCAGCCAGAUCGGAAUUCAAAUAUGGCCGAAAUUGCAUGUUUUGUUGGUUUUUCCUCGUAUUGUGGCAAUCCAAAGGUCGUGAGUUCAAACCCCGGUCAAGGACAGCCAAAAAUAUUUUUAUUUUUCAUCUUUUCCUUUUUUCUUUUCUGAGUUCUAUCUUACAUUUUCUUCAUUUUUUGAUUUAUUUGGUGCCAUAGAUUUAAUUAGGCGGCCAUCUUGGAAAUCGUUUUUUGCCGAUUGCUGUAGUGUAACGAGUGAUGAAAUUGUUAUGGUCAGGUGGAUGUGUCUACAUCACAUAUCACCCUGGUUUGUUAUUUGACCUACCUGUCAGGGUCACUGAGGUCAAAGUUAAAAAUAUAUUCACCAUUGUCAUGGAGUGGCACGUUUCUUCACUAUCAUUUUCACCUAGACUCUACAAGCUUGGAACCACAAGUCUCGGAUUCACCACUUGGCCAGGGCCGGCUCUGAACUGGUCACAGAUGCAUGUAUAAAUUAUGAGAGGCCUACAUACUGUAGCACUUUCUGCAACUGUCUACUAAAAAUACUUACGGUGAGCACAAUGGCCCCUGGCCGUUUCAUUUUGGAUGAACUUUCAUCCUGAAGUGUUAUUUUCGUCAGAUGUAUUUUCUUCAGGUUUAGAAAGUGUUCAUUUCUGAACAACUCAUUUGGGUGAACUUUGAUCAUUUCACUGCCAACACGA